AAUAAAAAUAAAGACUUGAAGUCGACAACUCCAUAAUACGGAUUUUUGACUGUAAUUUCAAGGAAUCUCUAUGAUAAAACUCCUAUUAACCGACGAUUAAUUUGACUGACAAAAUCGUCAACAGAAAGUUUUUAACUUUAUAAUUCGUACCUUAUUUAAUCCUUCUUUCUAUGUAUCGGACAAUUAAUAAUUAUAUCCAUAUUAAUCAAAUAUUGUGUAAUACUAGGUAUUACAUUGAUAAGUUAAUCGGUGAUUAAAUUAAUCAGAGUUUGAUUGAAGUGACUUUAAAAAUGUCAGAAGAGAAAAUUGGUUCAUUGGAAGAGGAGGCUCUGAAAAGAAAAGAACGGCUUCAGGCGCUCAAAAGAAAAAAUGAAGAAAGUGAGGAAAAUAAGAAAAACACAAACGAAAUAUUGCCAAAGCCAAAAUUUCGGAGUUACAAGCCACAAGAUGAAAAUUUGAAGAAUAAUAUGUUAGAGGAUGCGAAACCUGGAGAUGUAGAAGCCGUGGUUCGUGAACAAUUAGAUGCUGCGAGUAGCAAAGUUGUUAUCGAGGAACUAGACAUCAGUAAUUUAGCACCAAGAAAACCUGAUUGGGAUUUAAAGCGAGAUAUAGCUAAAAAAUUAGAAAUAUUAGAGAGGAGAACACAGAAAGCAAUAGCGGAAGAAGUAAGGGCGCGUCUCAAACAAGGCCAACAAAAUUUAGCAAUUUAUGUCAAUGAAACUAAUAAAGAAUAGAAGCUUUGUUAUCAGUAAUAUAUAGAUUUUAAUAAAUUAUAUAACUAUUUUUUUAUAGAACAUAACAUUAUCAAUAAUAAUUUUUACUUGUGUUUUCUUAUUAUCUCUCAUAUAAUAUGUUACAUUAUAUUAUAUUACACAAGACGAAACUUGUCACAAAUUAAAUUAAAUAUUCCUUUGACUUCAUACAGAGAAUGAUGCAAGUUAAAAUUUUCAACUUAAAUACAAUACUUGUACUUUUUACUUUAUCAUCAUUUGUGCAAAAAGAAUUAUACUACUCUGUAUGUAUAAAAUACAGUUUUAGUUAUUGAUACAUAUUAUCUUGAAUAA